CGAGGAGUUUCAGUUUCUCUUGGAAUGAGAGCUUAGCUCAUUCUUCUAUCUUCAUCUUCAUCAUCAUCUCUCUCUCUCAUCUCUAGCAGCUAUGGGUGGGGAUAAAGCAAUCAGUCUUGAAGAGAUCAAGAAUGAGACUGUUGAUCUGGAAAAAGUCCCAAUUGAGGAAGUUUUUGAGCAACUGAAAUGCACCAGGGAGGGACUUAGCUCCGAUGAGGGGGCCAACAGACUUCAAAUUUUCGGCCCCAAUAAGUUGGAAGAGAAGAAGGAAAGCAAAUUUCUCAAGUUCCUUGGUUUCAUGUGGAAUCCACUCUCAUGGGUCAUGGAGGCAGCCGCAAUUAUGGCCAUUGCUUUGGCCAAUGGAGGCGGAAAGCCCCCGGAUUGGCAGGAUUUCGUUGGUAUCGUUUGCCUGCUUGUUAUCAACUCUACUAUAAGUUUCAUUGAAGAGAACAACGCCGGAAAUGCUGCUGCAGCCCUUAUGGCUGGUCUUGCUCCUAAAACAAAGGUUCUCAGGGAUGGUCGAUGGAGUGAGCAGGAAGCUGCGAUUCUCGUACCUGGAGACAUUAUCAGCAUUAAGCUCGGAGACAUCGUCCCUGCUGAUGCUCGUCUUCUCGAGGGCGAUCCUUUAAAGAUUGACCAGUCUGCCCUUACCGGAGAAUCCCUGCCCGUGACCAAGAAUGCGUACGAUGAAGUUUUCUCUGGCUCGACUUGCAAACAAGGUGAACUAGAAGCAGUAGUCAUUGCAACUGGUGUCCACACAUUCUUCGGAAAGGCUGCACAUCUUGUCGACAGCACCAACCAGGUCGGACACUUCCAGAAAGUGCUCACUGCGAUCGGUAACUUCUGUAUCUGCUCCAUCGCUGUUGGUAUGGCAGCCGAGAUAAUAGUGAUGUACCCGAUUCAGCACAGGCCGUACAGAAGUGGAAUAGACAACCUCCUCGUUCUUUUGAUCGGAGGCAUUCCCAUUGCUAUGCCGACAGUCUUGUCUGUCACCAUGGCUAUCGGAUCCCACCGGCUAUCGCAGCAGGGCGCCAUCACCAAGAGAAUGACUGCUAUUGAGGAAAUGGCUGGAAUGGAUGUCUUGUGCAGUGACAAGACUGGAACGCUGACCCUAAACAAGUUGACCGUCGAUAAAUCCUUGAUCGAGGUCUUUGCAAAGGGCGUGGAUCCCGAGCACGUGCUACUCCUCGCUGCAAGGGCAUCCAGAACCGAAAACCAAGAUGCUAUCGAUGCUGCCAUUGUUGGCACCCUCGCUGAUCCGAAAGAGGCAAGAGCUGGUGUCAAAGAGGUUCACUUCUUGCCUUUCAACCCUGUCGAUAAAAGGACUGCUUUGACUUACAUAGACUCCGAAGGGAACUGGCACAGGGCUAGCAAGGGAGCCCCCGAACAGAUUUUGACACUAUGCAACUGCAGAGAAGACUUAAAGAAAAAAGUCCACAGUGUUAUCGAUAAAUUCGCUGAGCGUGGGCUUCGGUCUUUGGCUGUCGCCAGACAGGAGGUUCCAGAAAAGUCCAAGGAUUCCCCUGGUGGACCGUGGCAGUUUAUUGGGCUCUUAUCGCUUUUUGAUCCUCCGAGACACGAUAGUGCUGAGACCAUCCGCAGAGCUCUAAACCUCGGUGUCAAUGUCAAAAUGAUCACUGGUGAUCAACUUGCCAUUGGUAAGGAGACUGGCCGUAGGCUCGGUAUGGGAGUAAAUAUGUACCCGUCCGCUUCUUUACUCGGUAAUCACAAGGAUGAGUCGAUAGCCGGCCUUCCUGUUGAAGAACUGAUUGAGAAGGCAGAUGGUUUUGCCGGGGUGUUUCCAGGUACGGUUCCUCCCAUUUAUCUACUAUACAUCAUAAGUUUUCGAGUAUUUUCAAUUCACUUUCUUUCUCGUUUCCACGCAGAGCACAAAUACGAAAUCGUGAAGAAGCUGCAGGAGAGGAAGCACAUUGUUGGAAUGACGGGCGAUGGUGUCAACGAUGCCCCUGCUCUUAAAAAGGCAGAUAUCGGAAUUGCUGUUGCAGACGCUACUGAUGCUGCGAGAAGUGCAUCUGACAUCGUGCUAACAGAACCCGGACUUAGCGUUAUCAUUAGUGCAGUGCUGACCAGCAGAGCUAUAUUCCAGAGAAUGAAGAACUAUACAAUAUACGCAGUGUCCAUCACCAUCCGUAUCGUGUUCGGCUUCAUGUUCAUUGCAUUGAUUUGGAAGUUUGAUUUCUCCCCCUUCAUGGUUUUGAUCAUUGCCAUUCUGAAUGAUGGUACGAUUAUGACCAUCUCUAAGGAUAGAGUGAAGCCAUCUCCAUUGCCUGAUAGCUGGAAGUUGAAAGAGAUUUUCGCUACUGGCGUCGUUCUUGGAGGCUAUCUCGCUCUAAUGACCGUCAUUUUCUUCUGGCUGAUCCACGAAACCGACUUUUUCCCUGACAAAUUUGGAGUUAGAAGUAUCAGAGAUAACGAGGACGAAAUGAUGGCCGCUCUAUACUUGCAAGUGAGUAUUGUCAGCCAAGCCCUUAUCUUCGUGACCAGAUCUCGCAGCUGGUCAUUCGUGGAACGCCCUGGACUUCUACUCUUGGUUGCUUUCGCGAUCGCUCAACUGAUUGCCACUCUGCUAGCUGUGUAUGCCAACUGGAGUUUCGCAAGAAUUCACGGCUGUGGCUGGGGAUGGGCCGGUGUUAUCUGGAUUUACAGCAUCGUCUUUUAUCUGCCCCUCGACUUGAUGAAGUUCGCCAUCCGUUACAUCUUGAGUGGAAAGGCGUGGCAAAACCUGUAUGACAACAAGACUGCUUUCACAACCAAGAAAGACUAUGGAAAAGAAGAGAGAGAAGCUCAAUGGGCUCAUGCUCAAAGGACUCUGCAUGGACUUCAAAACCCAGAAGCUGACACUGUCUUCAACGAGAAGAGCAGCUAUCGCGAACUGUCAGAAAUCGCAGAACAAGCUAAAAGGAGAGCUGAGAUCGCAAGGCUACGCGAGCUGCACACGCUCAAGGGGCAUGUUGAGUCUGUUGUGAAGCUAAAGGGGCUCGACAUCGAGACAAUCCAACAACAUUACACCGUGUAACGGAAUCUCUGAGAGGAGCUGUUCUGGGAACGAGAAUAUAUUCGAAGAACAACAGAAUACGAUUUAGAUAAAACUGUUCUGAAGAGGAACGAGACAGUUGUGACAUGCAUGAUUCCUCGUUAUUUAUUCGGUUUCUUGUUUCUUAAUGUAAUGUCUCAAGUCAAGGUGCCCUAGAAUGGGCUGAUCUUUGACUCUUUUAUGAGUACAAUGGCAUGCAUCUCCCUGUUAUACAGUUUUCACAACUCAAUCUUGUAUUUUUACAUCUUUUUCAUAUGUUCCCUGUUAUUUAUAAUGGCUCGUCACUCAGAGAUAUAUGUGAUUGUAAAGAAAACAAAUGUUUCAUGGUGUAAGAUUCAAGAAUGUUGAUAUACAACUCUUUGGAACACAGUUAAAUUC